AUGGCUGGCCAGUGCCACCUCUGGAUCGAUCGCUAUCUUUUACAGAAAGGAAAAAAAACAUUAAACAAGCCCUGGAUUGGAUUACUCACGAAUUGGCUGGAUAUGGAAAAUUACUACGACCAGGUUGUCGAAGACUUGAUGAUGCGUAAUCGAACAAGAACAUUACCUAGUAAUUUGCCUAAUAACAUAAGUGAUAUUAUUUGCAAGAAGAGAAGGCAUGCCAGCUUUACCACCGAUAUUAACGACAGAUAUGAUGAUGAAAAGGAAAUUUCUUAUGAUAAAGAAGAUCCUGCCUUAAUGGAUGAUUUUAGUUUUGAUGAAACUGCUUUCUAA